CUAAAGUUCCUGAAACCCUAUAGCAUAUACAAUACAUGAUUUGUCCCGUUGACCUUAUUCCCCUGUAAGUCAAUUAUCUCUUUGUCCCGGUACCUAUAUCUCAGAUACUCUUUUGAUCGUCUUACCUCUUUGGGGCCUAAGUUUUCAGAGUGUAAAUGGGUAUAUUUCCUGGGUUUGGUGGCUGGAUCAGUCAGAACACACAACAGCCUAAAAAAUCUGAAAAUGUUAAAUCCAAGCCAGUGAGAGAGACAAAAACUCACCAUGAGAGAGAUGAGAUGGAGCAAUUGAAACUAUGGAGAGAUGCAAAUAAGAAGAAACAAUAUCAAGAACCUCCUCCUGCUGUGAAGAUGCGCGUAGACCAUAAAUUUGAUGGCCUUUCCCGUAUGGAAAUGGAAUUUAUAUUAGGAAUUCCACCUCAAACAGCUUACGACGUUUUAACUAAUGAAGACAACAUAUCACAGUCCAGAGAAAAGAACGACCGCGCACUUCUGACAGCCGUAUCAAGAAUAGUUACACCAGAGAGGGAUGAAGGUCCAGGGCAUAGGCCGAUCGUGAAGGUUGAGAAAGAGUUGGCAUGGAAAUUCCUUUUCUUGUCAGGAACUCUCCCAAUACGUCUAAUUGUCCUCGAAAAUCCAAAAAAACUCCGUGUACUCUACUUGAAAGAUGCAAAAGGAAUAAGAACCAUGGAAACGUUCGAGGGUAGCUAUACAGUGGAGCCAUUAUAUGUUGAUGCAGAACGCUUGUGCAAGCGCAUUAAGCCAAAGAGUCCAGAAGAAUACAGAAAAUGUAGUGGUGGAAAAGGACGGAUUGCGUCCAAGGUUAAAGUGGAGCAGACUUUUAGGCCUGCUUCUCCUUGGGAUCUGCCACUGCUGUCGUCGUACAUGCGCCGGUUCACUGUCGAGACCACUAAGAAAGUGGCUGAAGAUCUUCAAAUGCGGGCUUCCGACCUUCGAGGUAUUCCGGAGUAUAAAGGCGAAUAUUAGCGGCUUCCGGCGAUCCUUCCGACCCGAGACGGGGAAGAACUCGGAGGACUUUGGAUCAGGGUCUUCGAAUAUCUGCUGGGUAAACCUAAAAGAGGGAGGAUAUUUAUAUACUUUUCUGGCUAUUAUAUGGUUUUUUACUUUGUAUACAAGUAAGCAUGUUUACUUUGUCGUCUCUCAUGUAUACUUUUCUGAGUAUCAUAUAGCUAGUUUCUAACCA